AUGUCGAAAGCAAACAAAAAACUAAUAAAUCUUAAUAAAAAUGAAUUCAUUGAUCGACGCAUAGAAGAAAAUGAAAAAUUUCCCGAAUUAACCAUACGUUUAGAUACAAUCGAUACUGUUCUAUUGCUAUUGAACUCCCAGGAGGAAAUUGUCUUGAUUAACUCUCUCAAACACAUCAUGGAAUAUGUACGCCGGAAUGAUGAAAACGUUUCAUUGCUAAAAGAGAAAAAUGUACUGCCGUUAUUGCUGCAAAAGGAAUUUUAUCGUUUCAAUUCAAGUAUUCUGGUUAAAAGAUUAUCCUUGUAUUUGGCCAGUUUUAUGAUAGAAAAUAUGAACUGCUUGGUGGAGUUGGAAGCCACAAAACUUUGUGAAAUUGUCAAUUUGGUUAUGCUGUAUUAUUUGGAAGAGGAUGAUGAUUUCUGUUGUGAAUAUUUAAGUGUCAUGAUCAAUAAGUGUUUAGAUGAUCCUCAAAUGGUUGAAUUGGUGCUCAGAGAUACUUCAUUUGUAUUGAAAUAUUUCUCUACAAUUGCCACAUCUACGAAUCCAGAUGUUCUGUUGCAUUCUCUUGAACUAAUGCACAAAAUAUUGUUGGUAUUAGCUGGCGAAGAAAAGCGUAACUUUAUAGCUUUAACUUCAUUCCCUCUAAAGCGUUUGUUGUGCGAAUUGAACUGUGAAUAUUUUGAUGUACGAAAAGCUGCCUUAAAACUUUUAAAGUUUUUGGUAGCAGAAACAAGUGAAAGCAAUCCUUUAAAUCAGGAUUCCAAUUCAACGUUUUUGCUAGAGCAAUUGACCAACAUGUUCUGUGAAAGUUUGUUAAGGGAAGAACUGCAGCUAUUAGUGGAGGUCUUAGCAGCAGCCAUGGAGCAAGAAUUUAUGAUCUCACUAUUUUUUGAAAUGAAUCUAUUUGAUAAAUUUCUCAUGAGUAUUGGUGAUGGAACCAAAGACCCCGAAAUCAAUUGUAAAGCAUUGUGGGUCCUUACGGAGUGUGCUAAAUGUGUUAAGUUUAUAUCACGCUUAGUUUCGGCCGAUUUAACUGAAAAGUUAUUAGAAUGUCUGCUAGAUGGGGAUAGUGAUCCAGCAGCUUAUGUUUUGAUGGGAUUAAAUCGCUUAAUGAAAUCACCUCAGGCUUCCAAAUGUAUUAUUGACUCUUACGAUCGGGGUUUAUUAAACAAACUAUUAAAACUUUUACCAGAUAAAGAAAUCAAUAUAAAAUCUCGCGAACAAGUGGCAAAUUUAUUGCAAAAUUUAUUGUCGUAUUCUUUUCAUAAAACAGCUAUUUCAAUUUUGGAUUUAAAAUUGUCUGAUAUUUUGGCGCAUAUUUUGGCUCAAGUCCCCGAAGAACGUUCUAUUGAUUUGCUAUUAUCUAUCUUGAAUGUAAUUGAAAUGAUAACCGACAAUUCGGAUUAUCGACGUAUAAUUUGUGCAAAUAGUGCCUUGAUUUUAAAUAUGGGAGUAUUGUUAAUGAAUUCAUUUUCCACUGGAAUUUUGGUUACACAUUUAUUUCGUUGUUUAUGCAGCAUAGUGGAUGAAGAAGUGAUACACCAGCAACUGAUGGAUACCUAUUUAAGCUCAUCCAUAAAAAGAGCUUUGCAAUCUCCUUCUAACCAGGUUAAAACUGCUGUAACAAAUUUUAUCAUGCAAACCACAAGAUUUCCGAAAUUUCUUCAGGCAUAUAUAGAUUCGGGUGUAUUAGAAGUACUUAUCCUUCAUCAGAAACAUGCAUUUUGUGUUGCAACCUGGCCACCAGCCAUUGAAAGUAUUCUCUCUAAAAGUCCUACUUUGAAAUUUUGCAUACGCAAUAGUUUGGGCUUCACCGACAUUACGGUGGGCAGUGAUUUCAUGGUUUCGAAAAAGAAAUUCGAAGAUUUUCGCAUAUUACAAUGCAUCUUAAAAGAAGAUGUCUCUCCUUUGCAGCCGGUUAUUGUAGUAAAUUUCAAUAGAACUGAAACUCCAAAGGAUUUAGUUGUCAAAGUUCCUGUUAGCUGCUAUAAAGCGGAUGAAUUAGAGCGUCGUUCUGAAGAUAAAGAAUGGUGUUAUUGUCGUUCACCUGGAGAUGAAUUUCUGCCCAAGUAUUUAGAAGAGGUCAACAGUAUACUGGAGUCACAGGAUUUGGCUAAGAUCCCAUUUAAAAUACAAGGAAAUAUUGAUUUCGAUAAUUUUGGAAAAAGAGCCAAAGUUAUUGCUCAAGUUGUGGCUCGAGCAUUAGGCACUGACUUGGAUAGUUUGGAUUUAAAUACAACCGAGGAAUGUUCUCACAAAGUGGUCAACUGUCAUUUGAAAGAAUUAUGCAUGGAAUUGCAUUGUUCUUUCAUACCCUUGGGUCGUAUACGCAGUGGCUGUAAAUUUGAACGGGCCAUUCUGUUCAAAGCUGUGGCUGAUCAGGUCGGCUUACCUUGCACCUUGCAGCGCAGUGUUGAUGGUCGUACACUGUUUAAUGAACUACCACUACCUUUGGAACAGGAGCAAGAUAUACACUGUGAUAAAAAUACUAUGAACUUUAUGCCCUGGCGCAUGCUGAGACCCACACAUAUUGUAGAUUUAAUGUACAAUGUGGGGGAGUUGUACCCCCUAAACAGUCGUUCAGCUUUGCAGUACUUGAGACUGUAUUGA